AGAACGAAAUCCUUCAUCUCAUAAUUCCCACGUACAACAGAAAUGUCAACGUGUAAACCAGACACGCGACGAAGAACUACAAUCGCUUACACCAGAAUACGAGAACGAUGAUUACGAAACAGGCAGCGCUUUUUUAGGCGCAUGAACGAUUUGCCGUGUCUGCAACGCCACUGCAGGGAUACAGGCAAACUUAUUAACAUCCUGAUUGAUACUGGAGCAACAAACAACUAUAUAAGUACAAAAUGUAACUUAGAACCCGCUGACAAUUGUACUAUAAAAAUAUUAGAAGACAAAACAGCACAAUGCGAAACAACCCACGAAAAUAAUGCUCCACUUCGCAUCCUAGAGAAUGGAUACAUUUUGACAGAUUACCAGCAUACUUGGAACAACAUGCAUAUAUCAGGCCCUAAAUUGAUACACUUCAAUGAAUCCACGAACAUCGAUAACAUGACAUAUUACAAUCAUCAAAGACAACUCAGAGAAAUAAUACACAAUCAACACAACGAAAAACUUGAAGUACUCCGUAUCCUUUCUUCAAACUCAAUAUACAAAUUCAGCAAUAUCCAAACACUCUCAACAUUUUUGAUACCUAUUGUAGAAAAUCCAGUACAUUUUACGUUCUUCAUCAUAAUAGGAUUCCUUACUUUAGUAGUCACCACUUACGGUAUGGUACACCUCUGCCGAUAUCGCGUAAAUAGAAGAAUGCUUCACAGACAAAGGCAAAUUGACGAAAUAUACGAAGUCGAAUUGAAUCGUCUUCAACAACAACAAUCUGUAGCAGCAUAGCGAGGACGCUCCGUUUUAAGAAGGAGGGGAGUUAACGACAUAGCCUCGCUCCGGGUCACACACACUCACAUACACCUUAUCUCCUAAUAUACAUUCCGAACAAAGGCGAACUAUGUAUGUAAACCGAUAGAACUCGCUUUGACAUGCACUAUCAGUCGAACAAUAGAAAUGAACAUGCAUUAUCUAGAAAGGCAUUCUCAACAUGUAAACAACAAACAUCUGGCAAUGGAAUAAUCCACUGCGAUAACCAACUCCGCAUCUCAAGUAAUAGCAAGAUAGCAGAUAUCGAAUUACGACAAAGAAGUCGCAUGCAGAUAACAGCAGCCGCAUUUCAUUAGUAUAAAUAGCUGUAAGAUCUUAUAUUAAAAUUCAGUUCUUAAGAAUAUCAAUAAAGGCACGCAUUUCGGCGUAUAAAUAAAA